GUAAAACGGGUCAGGAGUCGGGCUAGCGGGUUAUAUUUUAUCCAUCUCUGUGGUCUAUCUACUCUCUUAAACUCUGUGUGUUUUAGGGUUUCGAUUCACAGACAACUCAACACCAUUACUAAUGUUUACUCUCAAUCAUUCUUGAUGGCUGACCAGGUUUUUAUAUUCGGGACUUUUUCCGAGGAUGAAGCUAGAACUUUGCUUCAGCAGUCGUCUGGAAAGCCCGAAGAAAAGAAAGAAUUGCCUUCUGAUGCUUCGAGUAAGGUGACCGGACUGUCUUUUGGUAGUUUCGAUGCUGAGUUUAGCGUGAAGCUCCCGCUUUCAAAUGGUGUAGCUAGUUCUAAGCCCUCGGAAAUAUGCAAGAAUAUUGAAAGUAAAGAUGUGAAGAAAGUAGGUGUAUUAGGUGGGAGAUUGAAGGAGAAUGGACAUAUUAACAGUUCUGUAGGUUGUUUACCUGUGAGUAAUGGGAGCGUGGAACUGGAUAGUGCAGAUGGCAUUGAAUUAGCUGCGAAUGUAUCGGAAAAUACAGAAAACAAAAUUGGUCUUCCCGAAAAGUUUGAUACUUUGGCGCUGCAAGAUCAUGCUAAAGUAAGCUUCAACCAUGAAUCUGUUAAUGGACAAUCACUUCCAGUUUUACAAAAGCAUCGUGCUUCCGAUGGUCCCUCUAAAACAGUUGAAGACUUGCGGCCUCGAGGGUUGAUUAACUCGGGGAAUUUAUGCUUUCUUAAUGCGACACUGCAGGCUCUUUUAUCCUGUUCGCAGUUAGUUAAGCUUCUACUGGAGUUGAGAAAUCGCAGUAUUUCCAAGGUUGGUUAUCCGACAUUAGCUGCAUUUCUGGAUUUUGUUUCUGUUCUUGACAUGCCCAAUGGCAUAACCUUAAAGAAGAAAGACAUAUCUGUUCUUGAAACUGGAAGGCCCUUCAGCCCUACAAUGUUUGAAGGUGUUCUGAAAAUUUUUACUCCUGAUGUAUCUAAUAGUAUCUCAGGCAGACCAAGGCAGGAAGAUGCCCAGGAGUUCUUAAGUUUCGUUAUGGACCAAAUGCAUGACGAAUUAUUAAAGCUUGAAGGCCAAUCUAGUGGAAAUGUGGGAAAAUCAUCUCUGGUUUCUUCUGCAGAUGAUGAUGAAUGGGAGACAGUGGGCCCCAAGAACAAGUCUGCAGUUACAAGAACCCAAAAUUUUGUUCCUUCAUAUUUGAGUGAAAUUUUUGGAGGUCAGCUAAGAAGUGAGGUUAAGGCAAGAGGUAUUAAAACCUCUGCCACCGUUCAACCAUUUCUGCUGCUUCAUCUUGAUAUUUCCCAUGAUUCUGUUCGUACUAUCGAGGAUGCUCUCCAUUUAUUUUCUGCUUCUGAAACAAUUGAUGAGUAUCGUACAUCAACAACCAAAAAGGCUGGAGUUGUUAGUGCCAAAAAAUCGAUAAGCAUUCAAAAACUGCCAAGAAUUAUGAUAUUGCACCUAAUGCGCUUUGGCUAUGGAAGCCAUGGAAGCACUAAAUUGCAUAAACCUGUCCGUUUUUCUCAUGAGCUCAUGCUAAGUCGUGAGUUGUUGGUAACCUCUGCGGCUGAGGGAAGAAAAUACGAACUUGUUUCAACCAUAACACAUCAUGGAAAAGAAGCCUCUAAGGGGCAUUAUACUGCUGAUGCUCGUUAUCCUCGUGGCCAAUGGUUACGGUUUGAUGAUGCCUCCGUGACUGCCAUAAGUUCAAGCAAGGUGUUGCAUGACCAGGCCUACGUUCUCUUCUACCAACAAUGCUGAAAGGUGUUACCAACAGGCCCAUUCUUUCAUAAUCUCAUUUGCAGGCGAAAGAACACCCAUUUCAUCAUUCACCAUAAACCGGAAACUGUACUGGCUUCAUCUUUCAAAUGAGCGGCGUUAUAGGGUUGGGAAGUAUUAAGUUUUAGAUCUCCAAGUGACCUGUAGUUUGUAAAAUAUAUGAAGAGGAUUGUUGAAUUUCAUGAGAAAUUUUGGUUAUUGUUUGACCAUCGGCUAUUGUUUACUUAUUUAACUAAUCAUGUAAACUGGAUGAGUAUGUAAAUUAUUAUCAACUCUGAACAAAACUUAUCUCAUUGGAAAUUCUUUUAAGGUA